AUGUUUGGAUCUACGCUCUCUCUUUCUCCGGUAACAAGUACCGAUCACCGAGGCUGGCUUUGGAUUACGGUCAUAACAUGCACAAUCAUUUGCCCUAUACUACUACUCUGGCGAGGGAUAGUGCGGUAUAGAAGAUAUGGUCUUGAUGAUCUUGCCGUUGUUUUUUCUUUUGUUUUUGUCAUGGCACAUUCAGCUCUACUCACAGGGUCACUGGAACUCGGAUUCGGAGUACAAUUGACACCAGGUACCCAAGCAGGUAUCCUCAAAGCUUCAAAGCUGGUCUUUGUAAGCAGAAUCCUCUUCUCCCUCAUCCUCGGAACUUCCAAACUAUCAGCUUUGUUUCUUCUCCGCCGUCUCUUACCCCAAAACCGUAUUCGACUUUAUAUCUGCAAUAUAGGCAUUGCACUGGUCUUUCUAUGGGGUGUUAUGGCUAUCCUCACCAUGAACGCAAAUUGUACACCUAGUCAUAUGUUGUUGUCUGCCAAAGAGAACAGUUGCAAAAAUCUGGACGUUAGGAUCGCUGUUUCGAUGGCGUUGAGUUGUGCGACUGAGUUGGAUGUGUUGAGUUUGGCUGCGGCGUUUUUGGGGCAGAUGGAGGUGCAGAGGGAACAGAAGAAGUGGGUUGUUGUUGCUUUUGCGCUCAGGGUGCCGAACAUCGCACUCAGCAUCGCGUACCUCAUCACCUACCUCCAUUUCCUCUCCUCCGGUCACCCAUCCAUCUCCUUCAUCCCAACUGCCAUCCUCCAACAAAUUCUUGUCACCUACACCUUUGCUGCCUCCUGCGCUUCAGCCUUCUUCCCAAUCACCAUCCCCACACGCUCAAUAUUCUCCCUGUCCAACUCUUCAGGCAAACUUGCCCGUCGCAUCUCAACACCCAUGUCAUUCUUUGGCGAUAAAAUGAGAGGGGAUAGAGAGGUAUUUACGCAUAAGGCUAGGGUGUUUGCUGAGGUAGGUGGGUUACAGAGACGAGAAAGUGAGAGGAAGGUUAGAGCACAGAGACAGAGGGAUAGAGUGAGGAAGGGACAUGUCAAGGGGACGGAGAGUAUGGAGAGUUUGAAGGGGAUUGUCAGGGAGGAGACUUUUGAGGUGCAAGUUGUGUAG